CUAUUGCUUACCAUAAAGGGUUAAUUAAGCAAGUGUUUCUUUCAGUUUCCAUUUAUUUAAAAAGGAAGUUAAACCUUAAGAUCUUCAGCAAACUCAUAGCACUGCUGCUAGAAGACAAAGGUGACGACGACAAAAUAAGAUGUUAGGUGCUGCUGCAUUAGUAUUGCUGAUGGCAGGACUUUCUGUCUCUCUGAAUUGUCCUGAUGGAAAAUACUGUCCUGAUACCUCCACCUGCUGCAAGAGUGAACGUGGGUAUGGGUGCUGCCCUUAUCCACAUGCAGUUUGCUGCCCGGACCUGUCUCACUGCUGCCCCGAGGGCUUCCAGUGCAACAUGCAGACUCAGAUGUGUGAGAAGUCGGGGCUGCAGGCCACGGCUCCAAUGCUGAUGAAGGUGCAGGCAGAAGAGCCCAGCAUCCCCCUUGUUCCCCUGGGCUGUGCCUCUGCUGGAGGAGAAGCAGUGAUCCAAUGUACGGAGCAAGGGCUGAGUUCAGGAGACGAGGAACUGCAGGCGCAGAUGGCCCUGAGUCCGGCCCUCUCUGGCCUGCCGCAGUCCUCCAUCAUUAUCUGCGACAUGCAUUUCUUCUGCCCCACUGGUAACACGUGCUGCCAGGGCCCAACUGGACAGUGGGGCUGCUGUCCAUAUUCACUGGGCCAGUGUUGUAAGGACGGCAGACACUGCUGUGAAUAUGGCUUCAGGUGUGACUGGACAUCUUUGAAAUGCACCAAAGGAUACCUCCAGUUCCCUUCAGCUCACAGGGAGGCCCAGCCAGUUUGACUACUCCUGUUGGAAAUAGACACACCAGUUACAAAUAUCUGCUUUUACAUUGUUAUAUCCCUAAAAUACGCAUAAAAAAUUACGGCUUGCAGAAUAGAGCUCACAAAACUGGACAUCAGGAAAUAUGCAUUUUACAAGUAGCUUAGACAGAUUGCCCUUGAAGACACAGAGAAGAAAGAUUGCAGGGGGAACCAGUGAAACUAUGAAUGUGAUGUUUGCCAAUGCAAAUUGGUCUAGAUAAUUAAUACCUAUGUGUAGAAAUAUCAGAACUGUACUGUUUUUGCAGCUGAAUGAAUGAAUGAAUAAAUAAAUAAAUAAGCAGAAAUUUCA